AAGACGAUGCGACACCAAUCGCCAGUGGCACGUCGAGUGGCUCGGGUAGGUGAGCGAUGGAGUGCCGAGUGGCUUUGGGCUCAGUCGGUGCUCAUGAGCUCCGUAGCUAAGGCUUAUCGGAAGAAAUUGGUGUCGAUAAGACGCGCACGUUGAGCCUUCAGUGCCGCCGCAGACGCCGGCGCACGAACAUUUCCCCGGUUGACGUAACGACACACGUUUUCAAAAUAUAAACAAUUGGCUGCUAUGCUUGGUGAGGGGCAGUGUUUGGUAAACUUGAGUGUUGUGAGCUGUUUUACUUUAAGCUGUGCGUCCAGCUAAUCAUAAACGAUAUAGAAUAAGCUAUGGCUAUGAAAGAAUGGUUGCAGUGGCUCCCACCUCCUCGCUCCUUGAUGGCACUGCUCAUAGCCAUCACAGGCUUCGGCGGUCGCAUGUGCGCAGCUUACGUCACCCACUCACCGACUCUCCUAGUGGAUGCCUGUCACUCCUUGUGCAGGCUGGUAGGCCUCGUCACCACACUGCUGGCCUAUAAGUACCAAAGGGCUGAUGAAGGAGCCGGGCGCGAGGGUCGUCUUCGGAACACCUUCGGCUGGACCCGUAUCGAGGUGGUUGGGAGGUUGUCCGUCCACGUGCUCUUCGCCUCCUUCGCUUUAGCGCUGGUGGUGAACGCUCUCCAGCUGGGAGUCCAUUCUUCACACGUCACCCCACCCAAAUUCCCCCGGGUCAUAGUCCUUAGCGCUGUUGUUGGACUGUUGUUACACGCUACUAACUAUAUGCUACUCGCUGGUCGAGAGUUAAGUUACAGUCGUCGGCUGAGUAUUGCCGAAGGUGGAGAUGUGGUUCUGAAGAGUGGAACCGCUGAGCCUGUACUGGCACACGCGCCCACCGAUAUAGCUAGCAGUUUGUUCGUGAUGGCCGCCGGUCUGACGCUAGAGUGGGAGCCGGUAGCCGCGAGGAUAGCUGACCCGGCGCUGUCAGCAGCCGCCGCCAUCACCCUCGUUAUAUUCAACUAUCCAUUCAUGCGUUCCGCCGGGCUGGUGUUGUUGCAGACCGUGCCGGAGGGUCUGGGCGCGGGCUCCCUCCGCGAGGCCGCCCUCCGAGUCCGAGGAGUUCUCGCCGUCCACGAGCUACACGUGUGGCAACUUCACCGAGACAGGAUUGUUGCCACGGCUCACAUAUUCUACGAAUCACCUGAGGACUACCUGAGUAGCGCCGGCCUCGUCUGUGAUGUAUUCAGGCGCCACGGCAUCAGCUUGGUGACUCUUCAACCGGAGUUCAUAGUCUCAGCGGAUUCAGAUGCGGAAGAGAGGAAGAUGUUAAUCGAAUUCGCGAACACGGCCUGCUCCUGUCCUUGCGCCAAGGACUGCUCGGCCCCGCGAUGCUGCCAGGCCCCGCGGCGACCGUCCGUCACACGCGUCUGAACGCACGUCAACGAUUUACAAAAUAAUUCACACAGGGUAUAGAACGUUAUUAUGUGACUCGACGUCACUUAUGAAAUAACAAAGGCUUGUAAAUAUAAUGAACCAUGGAUACGUCUAGCUCAAUUUUAUCGAUAAUAUUUUAUGUGUAUAGUAAUUAAUAUAAGCUAAGUAAGUGUCACGGACGUACAACCAAAGAACGGUAUCUGCUGACCGUGGAAGAUUCAUGAGAUGUUGUGGAGUAUUUUAAUUUAGCAUGUGUUAUAAUAAAGAGACAAAUGUUUACAUAUAUUGAUAUAUAAUGUCACAUUCGAAUAAAACUGAAUUAUUGUGAAGUGGUGUGAAAGUAUUUUAUAGUAAAAGUAUUGAUAAAUCUAAAAGUUCCUGCUGAAAAUGAUGCUCUGGGCGCUCACUUCGUAAACAAAAUAUAUAUUGAAACCAUAAACUAUUGUAUGUACACAUGUAUUGUUGUCAUAAUAUGUAUCGGCGGCCGCUCCGUCUUUUUAAUUCACUAUUUUUGGCUUAAAGUCUUAUUAUGUUUUAUAUCCACACCCCGGCAUGUAUGUAUAUUGCCUUCUUGCUCGCCAUGGAACUGCUACAAAAUAAUUGUGAUGCUAAUUGUUUUAGACAGUAUUGUGUUUUAUAUGUAAGUUGGUUGGAAACUGACUCAUGUACAAAUUGACUUUUUGAAUAAAAUAAUUGUCGACAUGCCGCCUGUUAUUAAACGGAUAGUGACGUGAGGUAAAAAUA